AUGUUGUCCAGAACACUCCGACCGAUCUCAAAAGUUCUCAGAAGCAGUGCGAAGUAUUCUCAAGCUGCAGGCCUUCCAUUGAACGAAGGAAGCCCAGCUGCAUUGCCUUCAGAAGAUAGAGCAAUCUCACCAAAAGUGAGCGCUUUGGUCGAAGAAAUCGCAAAUCUCAGCUUGCUUGAUGUGUCCGAUCUCAAUUGGGCCCUCAAGAAACGACUCAACAUUCCAGAUCAACCGUUUAUGGCUGCCGCCGCUUUUGCACCAGCGGCCGCUGCUGCUCCAGCUGCUCAAGCUGAAGCCGAAGCAGCAUCUGAUGUUCCUCAAAAAAUGACAUUCACCGUAAAGCUAACGAAAUUCGAUGACACGAAAAAGAUCGCUAUCAUCAAGGAGAUCCGUAAUGCCAUCCCAGGACUCAAUCUCGUUCAAGCCAAGAAGUUCGUGGAAACCGCUCCAGUCAAUGUAAAAGAAGAUCUCGGAAAAGCCGAAGCUGAAGAGUUGAAAGGAAUCCUGGAGAAAGCUGGAGCCGUUAUCGAAAUUGUUUAA